UGACAUGCAGUCGCGCCGUCGAAGCUACAGCGCGCCCCUCUAAAAUUUCCAUCACUUUGCUUGCACCGUCCGCCUGCAAACCAUCCUCCACCAAACGCACCAUCGCGACAAAUCGUCCAAGCAGCACCAUCACUCGCCACACCACCCGACAAGACCAUCAUCAUGGCGGAAGGAAGCGGAAUCGACCGUAAGGCGGAGGAGAGGAUGGAGUUUUCGACCUCUAAGGAAGUGACGGUCCACCCGACCUUUGAGUCCAUGUCCCUCAAGGAGAACCUCCUUCGCGGCAUCUACGCCUAUGGCUACGAAUCGCCCUCGGCCGUGCAGUCCCGCGCUAUUGUCCAGGUCUGCAAGGGUCGCGACACCAUCGCCCAGGCGCAGUCCGGUACGGGUAAGACGGCGACCUUCUCGAUCAGCAUGCUCCAGGUUAUCGACACGGCGGUGCGCGAGACCCAGGCCCUCGUCCUCUCCCCGACCCGCGAACUCGCGACCCAGAUUCAGUCCGUCGUCAUGGCUCUCGGCGACUACAUGAACGUCCAGUGCCACGCCUGCAUCGGCGGCACCAACGUGGGCGAGGAUAUCCGCAAGCUCGACUACGGCCAGCACAUCGUCUCCGGCACCCCUGGCCGUGUCGCCGAUAUGAUCCGUCGUCGUCACCUGCGCACGCGCCACAUCAAGAUGCUCGUUCUUGACGAAGCCGACGAGCUCCUCAACCGCGGAUUCCGCGAGCAGAUCUACGACGUCUACCGAUACCUGCCCCCCGCAACGCAGGUCGUCGUCGUCAGCGCUACCCUCCCGUACGAUGUCCUCGACAUGACGACCAAGUUCAUGACCGACCCCGUUCGUAUCCUCGUCAAGCGUGACGAGUUGACCCUCGAGGGAUUGAAGCAGUACUUUAUCGCCGUCGAGAAGGAGGACUGGAAGUUUGAUACCCUGUGCGAUCUCUACGACACCCUGACCAUUACGCAGGCCGUCAUCUUCUGCAACACCCGCAGAAAGGUGGAUUGGUUGACGGACAAGAUGCGCGAGGCCAACUUCACCGUCAGCAGUAUGCACGGUGACAUGCCGCAAAAGGAACGCGACAGCAUUAUGCAGGACUUCCGCCAGGGCAACAGCCGUGUGCUCAUCUCGACCGAUGUGUGGGCGCGUGGUAUCGACGUGCAGCAGGUCAGUUUGGUCAUCAACUACGACCUGCCGAGCAACCGUGAGAACUACAUCCACCGUAUCGGUCGUAGUGGUCGCUUUGGACGUAAGGGUGUUGCCAUCAACUUCGUUACUAGCGAAGAUGUGCGCAUUCUGCGGGAUAUUGAGUUGUACUACUCUACCCAGAUUGAUGAGAUGCCCAUGAACGUGGCCGAUCUCAUCUCUUAAGCAAAUGGUUGAUAAGAAACCAAAAAUACUUGAAUCCUGUGUAGGCAGAUGGCAAGGAUAAUCAAACAAGGCAGACGAGAAGGUCGUCAUGCCAAUGAGACAGUGGAGGAAGGGGGCUUGAUUUAGAAGCAGUGAAAAAUCUAGAUUGUCAAGGAACGGAUCGUGGGCGAAUGCAGGCGUCACAAAAUAAGGAAGUGGACUGAUGGCUUUGGGAAAAUGUCAUUAUUCGUAGUACUAUGAACAGCCGCGCCCUGCGCUGAAUGGGUAUACAACACAU